AUGUCGAAAAGGAAGCUUUCCGAGGUCGAUAACGCCGACUCUGAGCCGCCGCGCAAGACACGAAAUAUCGAAGCCGACAGCACAACUCCAGCCAGUGAUGCGAAAGCAAAGGCAGCCGCAAGGCAGGCCAAGUCAGAGCGACGAUCAAAGAAGACCAAGGACAGCAAAAGCAACCGACGCUCAAGACCCGAGCCAAAGGCGCUCCCAGAUGGCGUCGACGAAGAGCAAGAUGUAACCACUACAGAUCCAUUUGCAGCUGGCGACGAGAGCAUACCUUUGGUCGACGAUGCUGCAGCGUCGAAGUCUUCAGCGAAGAAUUCUGCGUCGAUGGCAUCAAAGAUCAAAAGCGAGACCAUAUCAAAAUCGAAGCGGACUAAGUUAGAGUCCGCCUCCAAUGAACCAGACACGACCAAAGACCCCACGAAACAGCACCGCUUCAUCCUCUUCAUAGGCAAUCUACCCUACACAACCACGGCCGAGUCCCUCACGCACCACUUCCGCAAACUCCAACCCUUCACGGUCCGACACUCGACCGAAAAGUCCAACCCAAAGAAAUCAAAAGGCUUCGCUUUCCUCGAAUUCCCCUCCUACGACUCCAUGAAGACAUGCAUCAAGCUCUACCACCACAGCUCAUUUGACCCGGAUGCACAUCUCAAGGAGAAUGAUGACACGACCACGGACGCCGUGGAAGCAGGAGGGAAGAAGAAAAAUCCGAAGAAGGAAGUAGAGGCGCCGCCUAAGGACACCACGGCGCAACAUCUCAAGCGUCCAACCGACAAGACCCGGCGAAUCAAUGUUGAGCUCACUGCAGGCGGAGGCGGCGCGAAAUCCAACGAUCGUCGGAACAAGAUCAAGAACAAGAACGCUAAGUUGGCUGAAGAGCGAGAACGAGCGCACAAGAAGGAUAUGAGGAACGGAUCAAGCGAGGAGAGAAGAUCGAGUCAACGGAGGGUGUCAGGGAGCGGAAAGGGAAAGGGAGGAGCGCUGCGACUGGCGCGAAUGCCGCUGGGCUUGCAAUGA